AUGUGUGGUGACCGUGAGCAAAACUCAAAACUACUACAAUGUUUAUCAAUCCCACAACAUCCUAAUAGACUAGUUGGUUUCAAUGCAAAAAACAUGGAUUCUCUAGUCAGAUAUAUUUGUUGUAUAUGUAAUUUUUUAUUACGAAACCCGGUUCAAUUAAUAUGUGGACAUCGCUGCUGUCAAUCAUGUAGUAGUGGUGACGGAAGUUUUCAAUGCAACGUAUGUAAUGAAGUUACAUCACGAGAUACAAUAAUGCUUGACAAAGGUUGUCAACUUGAUAUGGAAAAAUUAAAUAUUACUUGUUCAUUUUGCGAUUGGAAUGGUAUAUUUAAAGACUAUCAAUUUCUUCGUAUAAAUGCACGUGAUCAUUUUAUAAGUGAACAACAUCAAAGUGCUUUACUUCGAUAUAUUUGUAAAAAUAUUCCAGAUACAAUGGUUAAUCAAUCAUUUGUAUCUUCCAUUACAACAAUAAUCCCUGAUAGAGAAACUGAUGAGAAUCUUCAUGGAAAUCUUCAACAAUUAUUUGAAACAACGGAUAUUCUCUCUGGUGGUAUUAAUGUGUUAAAUGAUGAUAUUCAACGUCUCUAUUCAGAGUCACUUCAUCAUCAAACUUCACUACGAUCCUUGUCAGAAGAGUCAUCAAAAUUAAAAAUUGCUAUUGAAGAAACACAUUCAUCAAUAGAUGCUCAUCAAAUCAAUCAAAAAAUACUUGAGGAAAGUCUCAAUUCACUUCGACAACAAGUUGAAGAUCAAAAGAAUAGUUUCACUGAUGGCAAACUUAUAUGGAAAAUUACAAAUGUUCAACAAAAAAUAGCCGAUGCUCAAUGUGAGCGACAAGUAUCUAUUUAUUCUCCUAUAUUCUAUUCGUCACCGAAUGGUUAUAAAAUGCGACUUCGUCUCUAUUUGGCUGGUGAUGGUAAUGCUAGACGUACUCAUAUGUCUCUUUUCUUUGUACUUAUGCGUGGAGAAUAUGAUGCUAUACUUGAAUUUCCAUUCAAAUUCAAAGUGACAUUUUGUCUAAUUGAUCAAACAUCUCAACAACGACAUAUUAUCGAUUCAUUUCGUCCGGAUGUAAAAUCAAAUAGUUUUCAAAGACCUCGAUCAGAUAUGAACAUAGCUUCUGGCAUACCGAAAUUUGUGCCCCUAACAACGAUUCAACAAGAUAACAAUCUCUAUGUUCGCGAUGAUACUAUGUUUAUCAAAGCUAUGGUUGAUUUUGAUAACAUACCAAAAUCCUUGGUACCGUAUACAUUAAAUGUUAAUCCGGGUUUACCCAUUCUAAUUCAACAAGAAUGGAUCAAACGUGAACUUGAAAAACAGGCACAAGAAAAAUUAUUAAAUACAACUCACCCAUCUAUAUCUAUGACCACGACAUGA